GGAGGAGGGCUGCCUAAUAUUCGUUAAAAUAUUUAUUUAUUUUUUGAUAUUCAAAUUAUAUUUGAAUAACGAAGUUCGGAGUCAAAGCCCUAGUGUAGUCCCAGUUAGGUGUGGUGUAGAGCCAGUGAGGUGGGGUGUAGAGCCAGUGAGUCGGUGUAGAGCCAGUGAGGUGGUGUUGUAGAGCCAGUGAGGUGGUGUUGUAGAGCCAGUGAGGUUUGGUGUAGAGCCAGUGGGGUGUGUUGUAGAGCCAGUGAGGUGGUGUAGACCCAAUAGGUUGGGGUGUGUUCCAGGCCCGGAGCAGGAGGAGAAGAGCAGGCUGGAGGAGCAGCUGCGGGCAGCAGAGGAGAAGCAACGGUACAGGAGGAGGCAGAUCAGGGAGCUGCAGGACGACCUUCAGGGGAUGAACAGGACCAUGGAGUUGCUGAGGCAGGAGGAGCAGGCUGAGUGCGAACGGACGCACAGCGCUCAGUUACACGUGGCUCAGCUCAACAAGGAGGUCGAUUCCCAGAAGGAGAAACUGGAUCGAGUCACUAAACAGUGUUCCAAGUUGACCAGAGAGACCCGGUCUGCCAAGAGCGGUGCGGGGCGGAGCUUCGAGGAGCGGGACAUGGAGCUGAGAGAGACGAGGGACUUCAACCGCAGCGUCGGCCGUACACUGCUGGAGGCGGUGGAGGACACGCCCCCCCUCCGGGCCUCCAUCCACCAGUACUUUCUGCAGGCCAACCUGUCCCUGCCCUCCCCCUCCUCCACCCGCCAGAGCUCCAGGACCAGCUCUGCUCGCAGCUCAGUCUCCCUGAGGUCCUCCGCCUCCGCCUCCUCCUCUGCAAGCAACAGUCCCAGGGGCUCAACGCUGUGCUCUCUCACCACCAGGACCCUGGAGCUGGGCCUAGGUCUGUCUGUCACCUCCCCAACUCCGGCCGGGUCCCCGGGCCCAGGCAGCACCAACAGCAGCAGUGGUAGUAGUGGAAUUCGCAGCAGCAGACGCAAUAGCCCCUAGUGUCGGUUUGAUACUGGUUUCCGGAAAUUGACCCCCCGUCGGCCAUGGAUACGUUAUACGUCUGUGUUUAGAUGAUGGAAAGGAUUGCGUUAUGUUGCUUGUUAAAGGAUUGUUAAAGGUAAUGUUUUGCCUGUGAUUUGUCUUCACACAGUGGGGGAUAUUCAGUGUAUAUAUUUUUAAUUUAAUUUAGAGGUUCCAGAAAUGAUCCCGCAUCUUGCUGGAGAUUGACAUGUUCAGACCCAGCCAGAGAGAGAGUCUGGGGGCUGGGGACAGGGCAUCGUAGCUCCCUGUAGGAUUAGCCAAACAUGUCACAUGAUAUCCCAUUCACAGGAAAUAGCUUGUUUCCGUGGUCAAACACAACUGGUUGGACAAGGGGGAGGUUCCUAGCCACCUGAGUAUAUAAAGUCAGUGGGCCGUUGUACACUUUCCAAAGCAGUCCCUCUUGAUUCUUCCCUCACCCAUAUGUUGAGGGAAUCAAAGACGAGAGUUGGUGUUCACCUGUAUUAAUUCCGACAGAGACCACAUCCGCACACGUUCACAUCCAGACGAGACGAAAAGAAUUUCCUGCCAAGUUCAAACUUUCUGGGAUUUUUUGAACCCAGACAACAUGUUGCUUGGUGUUUUCUUUGCAUUUUGGUUGGCACCUUCUGAUGUGCAAACUACAAGUAAGGAAAGUUUCGUUAUUUAUUGUAUUCCAGAAUAACGAAAUAGGCCUAAUGGGGGAUAAAUUAUAUGAAGACUUUUUCUAAAUCAUUUCAUGUUCUAAUACACUACAAUUAAAUAUUGACAUAAGUGGAGUCAUUCAGCUAAUACUGUUCUUUUGUGCUAGCUAUGUAAAAUAUUUUGCGACAGAGCUGAUAAGUUCAGUGUAUCAUCCGAUCAUUUGAUCAUUCCAUUCAUUCAUCCAAACAAAAAAACGAGUCAAAUAGUUUUUCUGUUUUUUCUUCAUGCACCAACAUUUUUAUAAUGGUGUUUGUUUUCCUAUUCUCAGCUCGAAACGGAUAUUAUAAUAAACAAGGAAACCAAAACUAAAUAAAGAAUUGACUUAUUUCUUUAUAUAUCUUCCCACUUCGCAUGCUUUUGCGCAUACACAAUGUAGCUAUAGUUGCUCGGUGUGUGCCAACACACUGGUGUAACACCAAAUUUUGUGACCCCAAGUGUGACUCCAAGGGUCGCUGUUGCACAUUUUCUGCAACAUGCAGGAGUUUGAAGCAUAGACAGGCAUGAAUUCCACGUGCGAAAACAUGCAGAAGCUUAAAACGUAAAACUAGUCAUUGAUCGCUCAAAAUAGGUGCAUUCAUUGCAACGGCUAAUUUGAGCAAGUUGAGUGGCUGAAGCAAAACGGUUGAUUUGCGUCUGUGCUGGCAUGAAGAUGAUGGCUCUUUCUUUCUUGAUACAAACGUGCAGCCUACUUCUGCGACCUCCAUGGAAUCAUCACAAGCGCCUACUGGCACGUCUUUUGCAAUCCUCAGAGCGACCAUUCAGUCUCAGUCUUCUUUAAUUAAUCGAGACAUUAAGCUACUUUUGGAAAAGGUAUAUGUCUUAUAGCUUCAGUAAGCAUUGUGUGUUAUUCUAGAUUGAAGUCCCCUUCGUCUUUGUUCUUGUACAUCUCCAUGCCCUUAGCCAGCUAUGUACCCUGGCCUAACCAAAUCCUGACUAUGGCCCUGUCGCCAUGCUCUUUAAUAGGUGUAUAUACAUUAAGGAAUAAUACACGGCUAAUCUUUUUAUGUUUCAGCUCUCUGAAGUCAUCCUUAAAUUUCGACCAGACCUGAAGAUCAAAUUAACUACAACAUACGUCCCUGUGGUCCAGAACGGGGGUAAGAAGCCUCUGGGUCAGGAGACUCCUGCUCCAGAGCCUCUGGGUCGGACGACUCCUGCUCCAGAGCCUCUGGGUCACGAGACUCCUGCUCCAGAGCCUCUGGGUCAGGAGACUCCUUCUCUAGAGCCUCUGGGUCAGGAGAGUCUGGGUCCGGAGCCUCUGGGUCAGUAGACUCCAGCUCCAGAGCCUCUGGGUCAGUAGACUCCAGCUCCAGAGCCUCUGGGUCAGUAGACUCCAGCUCCAGAGCCUCUGGGUCAGGAGAGUCUGGGUCCAGAGCCUCUGGGUCAGUAGACUCCAGCUCCAGAGCCUCUGGGUCAGUAGACUCCAGCUCCAGAGCCUCUGGGUCAGUAGACUCCAGCUCCAGAGCCUCUGGGUCAGUAGACUCCAGCUCCAGAGCCUCUGGGUCAGUAGACUCCAGCUCCAGAGCCUCUGGGUCAGUAGACUCCAGCUCCAGAGCCUCUGGGUCAGGAGAGUCUGGCUCCAGAGCCUCUGGGUCGGGAAACUCUGGACUAUUGGCUCUUCCAACUUAAAGGUGCCCUUAAGGAAGGUUUACGUGCUUAAAAAUAUGUCCUGCUUUUUUGGGUAGCCAUCCUGUAUGCAGGGGCCAAAUAUCUGAGCGGAGCAGUGGCAUAAAGAGAGGCAUUUGACAAUGCUGAAUUGUUCUGAAUGCUAACUGACUUUAACUUUUAACAGUUUGCUUGUAAGUUAUUUGCUUUGAUUUGAAUUGAUCAUAUGGUAUUUAUAGUUUAAAUAGCUUUUGUUUGCCAUAUUUGUUCAUCUCAUUGUAAAGUGUUGCUGCUCACUGAUAAAAAAGGUGCAUAUUAUUACAAAAUAGAAAAGGACGUCUACGCUAGUCUGCUACAUACUAUGCUAAUUAUGCAAUUAGUUCACUUCUCAGGAUUUUCUUUAUUAGUGUGGUUGCUACUGCAAGCACAUCUACUGUUCUUUUUAAGUUUUCUUUAUUCCUUUUACGGCCCUAUGUGCAUUUAACUGCUCCUGCAUGCUUUCAGCUUAAACCAUCCAACUAUAGAAACAUCAAGCUGUUUGACGACAUGAUGGACAUAUCUCUGGCUGAAUCCGAAUACUUAGUACAUACUAUUUCUGUUCAGUGUCUACUACUUGACGGUACUACACUUGACAGUGUAGUACGGUCUACAGCUAUGCAUAGAACGCUUCCGAACAUCGCCGAAACUCCACCGGAUGUUUGGAGAUGACGUAUCUCCCCUCAGAUGCCGGCAAAAUUACCUUGAUAAUUGUAGCGUGCUGCGGGUGCUGGACUGGAUGCCUGGACUCUCCUCAUGGAUAACCGGCCAGAACCCCAUCACCAUUUUAAUAUGAUGUACAUGUAUUUACCUGUAUGCCAUUUGUGGCACCCAUUGCACUCCUGACCAUCCCUGGAAGAAGGGAUCCCCUACACUGCGUUUCUUCUCAAGAUUUCUUCCUUGCUGAUUCAAGGGAGUUUUUUCUUGCCCGUGUGGGGGCAUGGGUAAAGGGGGGUGUCACAAAUAUUUGGCCUGUUAAGCCCUUUGAGACUGUAAUGGUGAUUAAGGGCUAUACAAAUAAAAUUGAAUUGAAUUUAAU